AUGGCUCGAGGACGCGGUGGCAGCGGCGGCAGCGGCAGCUCAGGCUCCUCCUCCGUCUGCAAAUUCGGCGACUACCCAUGCCACUUCACCAUCACCGAACUCUACGGCCACGUCUACACCAGUCUCUUCAGCAAGGGAGAGCUGUACGGCCAGCUCAUCGUCUACAUCAUCUGGAGUCUCGUCCUCAUCGGCCUCCUAUACACCUCUCUCCGCACCAAGGCGCGCCUCUUCCAAGCCGCCGUCACCUUGUUCCUCGCCAACUUCAUCUUCCUCUGCGUGCGCUUCGGCCUGCUGCUCGGAGAGAUCGACGUCCCCGUCGGCUACCGCUACGAAAUCUCCAUCGUCAUCUCGGGCAUCCUCGGCUGGCCCCUCAUCCUCAUCUACGCCGCGCUGAGCAUCGCCUAUCUGAUCCUCGACUUCCUCGUCUCUGCCGACGCGGUGGAGACCUACAAGGAGGAAGGCGCGUGGAGCAUCGGCGACCACGACUUUGGCCUCACCAUGACGCCUAACCAGAUUACUGGCCUCAAGACCACGGCGCUCGGCGGAGACGAUGGCCUGAGCCCUUUUACAUCGAGGGGAAGGUGUCUCUUCAUCUACUCCGUCUUCCGCACCAUCGUGUCCACCCACUUCAUCUUGCACAACUGGUCCGUAAUAACGGAUCUGGGCAAGUGGAACGCCUUCAUCGCCCAGUAUUCCAACCUCGACUUCCUAAAGAAGAUCAUCAUCCCAGAAGGCUUUCUCAAGGGCUACCGCACUACCGUGAACGGCUUCCCCGUUGUCCAGGCCGUUCUCGAGUUCCUCGGCGUCAUCAUCGCUUGCACGGCGAUUACCUAUCUUCUGGUGCUGCGACGACGCGAGACGUUGAGGGUUACCGGUGGACAGUAUAUCAAGUAG